AGAACCCAGAUUAGGGACCGAAUAAAUAAGCCGCGGACCGUUGGACCGAACACUAGUCAUCGGUUGAACGCGGACAUCCGAAGUGAUUGCGGCGUUUUUCUCCGUUUUUCUUUUAUCUGUUAUUACUUUUCGGUUACGUUACUUCAGUUAGCAAAAAUGUCGGAAGACGCAUUCAUCGUGGCGCCGACUAAAAAACACACGGGCACCGUCAUCUUCUUGCACGGGCUCGGCGAAAACGGAGAGAAUUGGAAACAAACGCUUGGGAAAAUGGUCAAGCCCAACAUCAAAGUGAUUUGUCUCAACGCGUCGAAGAUACCGUUGACGUUGAACAAGGGUUUCCCGACGGCCGCGUGGUUCGAUCUGGCGUCGCUGGACGAGAACAAGAUGGAGGACGACAAGAGCAUCUUGAGGGCGGUGGACAAGCUGCACGACACGUUGGACGAGGAGAUUGCGUCGUCCAAGGUGGCAUCCACCAAGACCGUGUUGGCCGGUUUCUCACAGGGCGGCGCGCUGGCCAUGUACGCAGCGCUCACCUACCACAAACGGCUGGCCGGCGUCGCGGUCAUGUCCAGUUGGCCGGUGCUCCGACACACCCUGCCGGAUGCAAUCAUCAACAACACCAACACACCGAUGUUGCAGUGCCACGGUACCGAAGAUCCGGUCAUCUAUUUCAAAUGGGGUAAACUACUGGCCGAUCAAUUGUCAAAGGUAAACUCAAAGUUUGAGUUCAAAACCUAUGAGGGCUUGAUGCACGCGGUCAAUGACCAGGAAUUGGCAGACCUCAAAACUUUCCUCAAUAAAGUGUUGCCGUGAGAUAAAACAAAUACUAUCAAGUAUGAUUUGCCUCGACAGUUGCAGCAAAAUCAAUUAGUUUUUUACACAGACCGUGUAUGGAAAAAAAAAUCAUUAAUUAGUUUUAAAAUUGUUCAUUAUAUGUGUAAGUAUACGAUCGUGUAUUCAUAUAUUAUAUAUUGUAUAUUGUUGUUAUCAUCGACAUUCAUUAUUUGAAUCGAUGCAUCGACAUUGCUAUAAAACGUUUAUAUCUAUAAGACGCGAUUAAUUAUAACAAUGAAAUAAAAAUUUAGGUAUUAAUCGGCUAAUAUAUAUAUAAUAUAUGUUUGUCCUGUA